AGGAGUGAUGCAAUAACUGGUAAUGGCGAGAUGGCUAAUAAUCAAAUACUUCAAGGAGAAACAAGUAGACAUCCAACCUUCAAAUGCCCUCUGUGUCAGGAAGCCAAUUUUACCAGACAACGCUUGCUGGAUCACUGUAAUAAUAGACAUCUUUAUCAGAUAGUUCCUGUAAUCUGUCCCAUUUGUGUAUCUCUUCCUUGGGCAGAUACUAACCAGGUUACUAGAAAUCUUGUUAGCCAUCUAAAUCUAAGACACCGGUUUGACUACGGAGAAUUUGUGAAUCUUCAGCUUGAUGAAGAAGCCCAAUACCAAAAUGCAGUUCAAGAAUCCUGUCAUGUGAACUUUUAAAAGUAUAGUCCCCCUUCAUCUUACUGAUUAUCUGAGAG